AUGGCGGCCAAAGAAAGAAGCAACAUCCUCGAUCGCAUGGUUGCGUUCCUCCAGAAGGAGUUUGGGACCCUGGAGGAUGCCUCCAGAAUGCCUGCGGACUACGUUAUUAUGAUGCUCGUUAAAGGUGACCCCCAGCUACCCCAGGAGUACCUGAAUGUAUCCAAUGCCGAAGAGCUAUGCCAGAACCAACCACAAUUGGUGGAGAUGCUGAAGGAAGCAUGCCUCUCGGGUGAUUUUAAUAGAUUCGCAAGCGCUUUUCUGCGGAUUGUUCAGCCAAAACCACCCACCCCAGCUGCACUCGACUACCUGAUUAACCCCUUCAAGACUCCAUAUGUCGGUGCUGCUGUGGAUGGACUGUAUGAGUAUCUGAGAGAAAAUAACCGAAAAUUUCACCGCGAAGGAGGACACUAUGGAAAAUUUUGUUCCAUUGUUCAAAGUUCCGGGAGUGGAAAGUCCAGGACGAUGAUUGAGUUGGGUUCCAAAGGUGUUAUGGUCCUUUAUAUGAAUAUCCGUGACAAGGCAGACAAGCACAAUUGGCCGCCGCGGGAUGAUAUUCCGGCACGCAUCUUAGCUGAGGAUCUGGGCAGGUUGACAGAAGAAAGCUAUACGCAGCGUUGCUGCAUUUUCUUCACUGCCAUCUUCCUACAUCUCGGCACGCGCUUGCGAGAAUUGUUCGACCUUACUGGAUGCCGCAUUUCGCGGGCAAUCGAGCUCUGGCGGAAUGAGAUGGACGGCACACUUGUUGGAAACAGACGAGUACAAUUUUUCCAGGACGUUCAAGAGACUUAUUGGAAGAUAACGAAUCCGAAAUCCGCGCGCGCUUGCAUCGAGGAGUUACUGCAGAAGAUGGACCCAGUGUUUUUUUCCGAAAUGAGUCCCAAACCACUGACCGCAGAGAACUACGAAGAGGAAUUUCUAGACUACGAACAGAAUAUGCGAAACUCGUAUUCGAAUCUCAUCUACACGCUUGAUGACCUUAUGGGAACUACAGAUGAUCCGAAGCUGGUAAUCGCGAUCGACGAAGCACAUCGCUUGAGCACUAUGGUUAACGAUAGGUUUCGUCCAUCUCACUUACUGUGUAGAGUGAUUAGUGCAUAUUCGUGCAUUCGAGGUUAUCUGGGUUCUGUUUGGGUCGUCUUCGCCUCAACCUCCUCGAGGAUUGCCGACUUCUCUGUUCGAUCUCAGAUUCAUAACUCUCAGCGCGCAGUCACAGCUGGAUCACGGCUGUUUCCUCCCUACACUUUGACGGGCUGGGAUCAACAUGCCAUUCCUCUCGCCGAUAUCACUUAUGCGGAUGACGUGUCAAAAGCUGAACACCUCAUUCGCUAUGGACGCCCGUUAUGGCAUUCAAAUCGUCUCAGAGAUACCGUGAUGCUGGCUAAGGAGAAAUUGUGCAACGGUCGUACAUUCAACGUCCACGAUUCCAACCAAGUACUCGCUGUCCUUGGCCAACGGUUCAGUUUGGAUAUUUGUUUUGGGCAUCCGGAGGCUGCCGAAUUUCUUGAGACAGGUGUGGCCAGCCAUCUACGCGUAUGUGACGCAAUAACCGAGGAUCGGAUGUGGAGAUUCACAAGUUAUCCAUCUGAGCCGAUCCUGUCACACGUUGCGGGAUGGCUCUUGCAUAAUGAACCAGAUUACAUCGUCGAUGCACUCAAAUGCAUGGAGAGGAAGAUCCAGGAUGGACUGAUCGAGCUUGGAAAGAGCGGACAGUUGGUUAGUCGUAUUGUCUGGAUCCUUGGCAAGGAUUCUUUGGUCCGCCAGUUGUACACGCCCACGGUCCCCGAUCGUACUCAGAGCCCGUACCUGCUGUACUGCCAAAAGGUUCCUCUCACCAAAUACCUCGAGAAAUGUUUUGGCAACACAGUUUGGCCCGACAACAAGCAGCAAGCAGAGGCGGCGAAGAACGCGUUCCAAAAUGCCUACGUCAAUUUCUCUCACUGGAUCUCGAUGGAGGAGAACAUUUGUGACGAAUAUCGCAGCGACUGGUGCGCCAAGCAGUGGCUGCUGCGCCACUGGGCACGCACAGCCGCGAUCCAGUGCUGUCACGGUCAACCACUCAUUGACAAGGUGAUACCAAUUUAUUUCCACAACGCGGGCCGUAGUUUGCAGGACAGCAUGUCGCUCAUGAUGAUAUCGGACAAAGCUGGAGCGACCGCGAGCCCCACCGACGUCAACGCCAUCCAGGCCAAGCACGUCUCUAUCAACUGUGUUACCGGCCUUCCGUGUAUCGCUGUAACUCUCGAUAUGGGAGUUGUGAAGACGGAGGUCCGGUCCACAUUCUCUGCUAAACAGUCACCUCGCCUUAACAGCCUUGGAUAUGCCGACCCGGACGAAGAGGAUUCCUGUCUACGCAUUUAUGCAUCUGGCAUGAACGCCAAGACCUUCCCGUUUCUCGAAGAGCAAGUUAGCCUGGAGACACUUCUGCAGAGCAUUGUUCAGCAUGCAACAGAGCCGGCAUAUCCCCACCCUGUCGGAGAGCGUCUGCAGGACGAGAUGAUAUAUGGCAGCACCUCGAGGCCGAGACACAUGGAAUGGGAGAACGGUGCGAAAGGGCCAGCCGAACUGCUGAAGUCGUGA